UUUAGCAUUGUUGGAAAAAUACAUUUUGCAAAUUAAUAUCCUCCAGAUGUAUAAAAUUUUCGUUCAAAAUGACCAAAAAUAUAACUGGGCCUGACUUGAAGAAAAGCCAGGCUGUAUGUUAUCAAAAUAUAUUAAAUCUUAAUCAAAAUGCCCGUUUUUACUGCAAAUAUACCUUCUGUUCUCAAAAUUGGAGACAGAAUCGAAAUCGGUGGAAGAAUCAAGGAAAAUGCUAGAAAGAUGUCAAUAAACCUAUGCGCUCAGGAAGGGGAAGAACCGCGUGACGUUGUACUUCAUUUCGACGUGAGGUUCCACCGGGACAAUAUUAUUUCACUAUCGAGAAGAAAUGGUGUAUGGAUUGGAAGCGGCAAUUUGGAUACUAACUAUAAUAUGUUUGUCCCUGGCACAAUAUUCCGCAUAAUAUUCGAAGUGAAGGACACAGACGUGAUCACUAUCUACUGCCAGGGCAAAUUCCAUUCAAACUUCCUGCCCAAAAUACCGCUAACGAUGGCACGCUACAUCGUCGCCUGGGCAGACGUGGAGAGGAUCACGCAUUGUUACUUCCAUCUGGCAGAUAAAGGUGAAGGCGACGAUCCCGCAGCUGCUGGUCUCAUGGCGACACCGUCUCCCCGGCCCGGGUUGACGCCUGUUCUUGCAGGUGAAAAACGAUGCCCAAGAAUCGCAAAGAAGCCGUCACCAGGCUCCCCUCACCAUGAUUCCUCCAACGAAAGCUCGGAUGAUGAAAUAAAACCGAGACCCAAAGCCGAAGGUCGCGCAGAUAAAUUUUUCUACGACACCCUCAUGUGCCAGUCACCAGACAUGAAGUUUGGCUCUCCAGACACAUCUAAAUAUCGACGUGAAAAAGCCGAAUAUAGCAGAAAAUACAGAGAUUGUACUGAAACGGAUAAAAAUGAUACGGAUUUAUCGGAAGAGAUGGCGUCAAAAAACAUGGAUUCCUCCAUAGCUGAAUCGGAUGACAAUAUGUUGCCAGGUCUAGGUUUGAAAAAAAGAACGCGGCGCGGGAAAUUCGCGCCAUUUGCACAAGUUGUCAACUUUAUGGGAAAGAGUGGGAAAAGAAAUUAGAUGUCAAAUACAACUUCGCAUGUAAAAAAAAUCUUUUUUGUAUGGUUAAAAUUUU